GUCAAACAGCUGUAGGAACAUGUCAAAAUUGUUUUUUUUAGUGAUGUGUCAACAAUUUAAUAAAAUUUUAUAAAUUACUUUAAAAUUCCUUUAAAUUAAAAGGAUUUUUAAUAAAUUCCUUUACGAUCACACUAAAUUAAGUCUAAAUAAUAUCCCUAAAUAAAAAUGGAUAUAACACAUCUAUUUAAAGCUGGUGUAAUGACCGUAAAACUUCAACGUAAAGGUGAAUUGGAUCCCAAAAGAAUAUUACCCAAAUCUUCCGCUAAUACAAAUGGUCAAAGGGAUGAAUUUGCCAAACAGGCCAAGGAGGUGUGUAAUAAAAUCACUACUUUGCGUAAUGUUCUAAUAGAAAAUCGUUCGGCUUACAUGAAAAUUGGUCAACAUUUGAAAAGUUCAGCCCAAAUGACCGACGAACAGAGGGAUCUUAUUGAUCGGGAAUCGGAAAAGUUUGUUACUUUCUAUACCCAAUAUCUCGGGCAAAUGCGCAAUGAUUGGAAAAAGGCCAAAAGAAAGCCUCAACAACGUCAGCAUAUAGAAGCGGUUCUGGAGCUGUUGUCAUCAUAUUUAAAGGCUGUGCAAAAUAUUUAUUUGGAACAGAAAAAAUAUCGUGUACAACAUGAGCUGGAAACGUAUCGUUUGCUUAAGUUGGCCUCUGACAAAAAGAAAAUUCCUGUUAGGCCAGUAGGGGAACAAAGAUCACGUAAAGUCUCCACUGUUUCCUCAACUUCCAGUAGGGACUUGCAAAUGGAUAAUGAAAUUUCUUCAAAUAAUGAUAUAACAGAGGGCUGGGAUUUAGAUGAGGAUGAUAUAACAGCUCCCAGCAGUACAUCUAAAUUAAUAGCAGAAGAAGCUAGCAGUUUGCGCAACACUUCUUCUACUGCUGUUGCGGAUUCCAAGGCUCAGGUAGCCUUGGAUGAAGAUAUGCAAAAAUCUCAACAACUGGUAGAUGAGGCCGAGAAAUCACUAAGUCCCGAAGAUGUGCAAAUGUUUGAGGAGGAAAAUGUGCAAUUGUAUCAUGAACUGCAGGGUUUGUCUGAGGAGGUGGAAGCUAUAGAAAAGAAUGUUGUGGAUAUAGCUACUUUACAGGAUAUUUUUACAGAAAAGGUCACUUUGCAACAACACAAUAUAGAUCGUAUUGUCAAUGCCGUAGUAGGCGCUACCGAAAAUGUUAAAGACGCUAAUGAACAAAUCAAACAGGCCAUACAACGUAAUGCUGGUCUACGCGUUUGGUCAUUGUUUUUCCUGCUGGUGAUGUCGUUUGCCUUGCUAUUUUUAGAUUGGUAUUAUGAUUAAGGAAAAAUGUGGCUGUUUGUUUUGAGUUUUUUGUAAUACAUAAUUGUUGCAGUCCUUAGUGUUUAUUAUUCAAUAUGAGUGUUUUUUGUUUUUGAUACUGCUUCUUUAGCUUUUUAAGUAAAAUGUACUAAUAAUACUAAUUUGAUAAAUGUAAUUCCUUUUUUAUAUAGAUAAACAAAAAUAUACACCUGUAUAUGAAAAUAUAUAACGAAAACGAAAUCCAAUAAAAAAAAAUAUGUCCAUGAAAAUAU